GCAUCUCACACUGGACAUCCGAACAGAGUUUGAGUAAGAUACAGCAUGAUAAUGAAUCUAUCUACAAACUGACUUUGAGUUCGCAUAAAUUUGGUCAUCAGUUGAGUUGUGGACAAACAGAAGAUGUGUGACUUGUUGGACAUACAGCGUGCUCGCUCAGACAGCACAUCCAGCACUGCGUCUCAGUCUACUUCAGGACGAAUGAUACUGCGUCAGCGGAUCGCUCAGCUGCUCACAUGUCUGGAAGAUCUCAGCUCAGACGAUGAAGCAAAUGAGGAAGUGUCCCGCACGCUGGAUGAAGCCUUUCAUCUCUGUGGAAGAUACACAAACAAAGAGUCUUUCAGGCUGCACAUGGUCACGUGGAAUGUUGGCACGGCAGAGCCGCCAGCUGAUCUGAGGUCAUUACUGCAGCUCGACUCAAACCUGACCUCUGACCUCUAUGUGAUUGGGCUACAGGAAGUGAAUGCCGCUCCGGUCAGAUAUGUAUCUGACCUCAUAUAUGAGGAUUCAUGGAGUCGCCUUCUCAUGGACACACUGGCACCAAAUGGUUACGUCAAGGUGACAUCGGUUAGGAUGCAGGGUCUGCUGUUGUUAUUGUUUGCAAAGCAGGUCCACCUUCCCUUCAUCAGAGAUAUUCAAAGCACAUACACCCGCACAGGACUGUUUGGAUACUGGGGGAAUAAAGGUGGUGUCUCAGUACGUUUCUCAUUCUACGGUCACUUGCUGUGUUUUCUGAACUGUCAUCUGGCUGCUCAUAUGAACUAUGCCUUGCAACGCAUGGAUGAGUUUGAAUACAUACUGGACACGCAAGAUUUUGAUAUUUACAACACGCCGCACGUGCUUGACCACAAGGUAGUCUUCUGGUUUGGUGAUCUGAACUUUCGUAUUGCUGAUCACGGGAUGCACUUUCUCCGCUCCUCGAUCAACAACGGCCGCUUUAAUCUGUUGUGGGGAAAAGAUCAGUUGACAAUGAUGAAGAAGAAUGAACCUAUACUUCAAGAGUUCGAAGAAGGACCUCUGAGUUUCAAGCCCACAUACAAAUUCGAUCGAUUUUCCGAGACAUACGAUACAAGAGCACAGAGGACGUUGUUUGGCUUUACUGGUAAGAAGCGGAAGCCGGCCUGGACGGAUCGGAUCUUGUGGAGAAUAAAGCCCAAAGCAAUUGAGAAUGAUGAGAGCGGAUCAAUAGCAUCAUCAGCAGAUGGUGAAGAUGAUGAUGAAUACCUAGUUAAAAUGAUUCAGGACAUGUACUUCUGUGAUGUCUCAUACGGGAUCAGUGACCACAAACCCGUCAUAGGGUCCUUCCGUCUGGAGAUGAGAAAGAAGGUGGACACACCUCUGGUCAUGCUGACCGCAGAGGGACUCUGGAUCGCAGAUGAAGAUGCCACACUCACCUACACCAUUCUGGAAACCUUUGAAGUCUCAACAUGGGACUGGGUUGGACUUUACAAAAUUGGCUUCAGAAAUCCUUCAGAUUACAUCACCUUCGCCUGGGUCAAAGAUGAUGAUGUAGCUGCCAAUGGGGAAGUUGUGACGGUCAUUAUUAGUAAAGAUGAGCUCCCCCUGCUGGCAGGGGACUAUGUGCUUGGAUACUACAGCAGCAACAUGCAGAGCCUCAUUGCUUUAAGUCCGACUUUCCAGAUUCUGCAGUCUGAGCGAGCUAUGAUGGAGGGUCUGAUUCCUGAGAACAUCAACGGAUUAGAAAAGUAACUCAGUAUUUGCUGAUCUGCUGGACAUACGUAUGCUCACCAAACAUUACAAUGAAAUUUGAUUUGUAAUCGGCUUUCAGGUGGUUUUAAAAUGUAAAUGAUUGUGAAACAGCCAUCUACAACUGUCUCUCAGGCUUUAAAACUCCUUAAAUGCAACUGAUACUCCUCAAAUUGCUGAACUCUGUUGAAUCCUGUAGAUCAUAGUGCACAUGUUGCACUGUAUUAAUGGAAUAUUAAUAGUUUUGAACCUACAUUUAUACAUUGUCGUUGUCCGCUCGAAACCUUGGAUUUCCAAAUUGGCAGAUUUUUAAGAAACACUUUAGUUUUUAAAUGAUUAAAUACUGUAUUGUCACAGUUGACAAGCCCUUUUUAAUACUUUUAAUUGGUAAGAUGUUUGCAAAAACCCAGUGACAGACAUAAAAGGUGUCUAAUAAUAGAUAACAAUAAUUGUGAUUAAUAAUAAAUUAUAUAUGGCAAAAAAAUAAAAAUCAUGAAAUAUGGAGAUGCAAGGUUUCGGCAGAACAGCAAUGAUAUCAGUUUAAGAUUACCAAAGUUUGUUUAGUCUCUUAGGGGUUUCCUUAUCAGAAUGAACUUUAUUCUGAGGUAGCAAGUGAAUGCUGGUUUUGGAUAAGGGGUGGUUGUAGUAAAUCCAAUACUGUAGUACUGUUAAUAUUAAACAUUUAUUCUAUUAUACUAAUAAAUUAGAAAUAUACAGUUUAUCAUAUCUCAGAAUAAGUGUUGUUUUCUUAAACAUCAGACCUGCCCAAAACCUUACAUUUUGCAAUAACCUGUAUUUCUGUAACCACUUUUGAACUUUAUUUGGUUAAUGUUAUAUUAAGUGUAACUGUAUUCUGUUAAUGCAACAUGUUGAUUUGACCACCUAUAAUUUAAAUUAAAUUAAUUAAAAUGUUUCUUAAGCAGAUAAACACAAUAUUGUAAUGUCUGAAAAUUUAAUUCACUCAAUAUUGCACUCUAUUUUCAUCUGUAAUUUUUCUCCAAGGUUCCUGUAAUUUACUCCAGGGGGCGCUGUUUACUUUCUUAUUGUCAUGUUUGUGAAAAGUUUCAAUAGUCUGAGAUAUGCACACAGGGUUUUACAGCACCUAAAAGUGUACAGUACUCAGCACGGCAGAUAUUGUGUGGUUUUCCCUCUAGGAGCAUUUUCAUGGAUAAUUAUAGCUAUAAAUCAGUCUGGAAAGCUGAAGUAGGAGGUCACGCCACGUCCAAACCAGAACAAAGAACACAAUGUGAGUCAGAGCCAGUGAUCAUGAGCUAUAAAACACGGCCACUGGAACUACUCGUUCUUGUGCAGACAGUAAAUCUAUACUUAGGAUAGUAGACCUAGAAAACAUCCAUAGGUUCUUUUUAUCUAAACGAACAAAGUUCAACUGUAGGAGAAAGGAUGUGUUUGUCCUUUAACUGUCCAAAUCUGCUCAAUCUACACAUCAACGUAUGAUAUAUUCAUGGGACACA